AUGACUAGCAACAAUAUAUUUAAAGUUGAUAUCCCUGUUUGGGUCAUCUUUGGAACGAUGUCUCUUACUGGUAUUUUGGGAAAUGGAUUCAUCAUGGUUGUGAAUGGACGCCAGUGGCUUCAAAACAGACGGAGAAUCUUUUGUGAUUUUCUCCUGACCAGCACAAGUGCCUUCAGACUUAUCAUGCAGUUGAAUCUUCUGCUAUUCAACAUCCUGUACUACUUCCCAGUGAAUAUUCCCUGUAUUUACAGAGAAGAUAUUACGUUCUUUUCCUGGAUGUUUUCCAAAAUGAUCAGCAACUGGUGUGCCACAUGGCUGAGUGUUUUCUAUUGUGUGAAGGUCGCCAACUUUGCCAAUCCCCUCUUUCUCUGGCUGAAAGCAAGGAUUAAUAUGCUUGUACCCAGGCUGCUUGGAUUGUCCAUUGCUGUUUUCAUGGUCUCUUGUCUUCCUUCACUUGUUGUUUAUUUUCGACACACAAAGUGCAAUUUGACAGAAACUCUGCUGGAGAAUGCUAGCCAAAGAGAGGUUUGUAGCUCUCCUGACUUUUUUUUCCUUCCCAUUCAACUUUUAUUUUAUGUCAUAAAUAUGUGCCUAAGCACAAUUGCAAUCAUUCUUUUGCUUGCCUCUCUCUGGAAACACACAAGAAAUCUCAAGGAAAGUGGUGCUGGUGUUAAGGACCUUAACACUCAGGUCCACAUUAAAGUCAUGGCAUUUUUGUUACUCUGGCUCUUCUUCUACCUUUUAGAUUUCAUUGGUCUGAUAAUCCAUACCAACAUCGCUCUUAAUACUUUACAAUUGGAAGGACUGCUUGUUGACAUCUUGAUGUCUGCAUUUUCUUCCGCUCAUCCCAUUAUAUUAAUAUUAACCAAUCCUAAACUGAAAGAAAUGUCUGCUUGCAUCAUUAAAAAUAUAUAUGCUCAUAUCGUAAACAUUAGGCACAGCACUUUAUAA